UUGAUAUCGACGGCUUGACUACUGACGAAAGUCUGCGGAUCUGUAGAGAGGAACAGGCCUGGACUCUCAUUAAUCCCGAAAGAAGAAAACACAAAAAAAAAUCCAAUUUAGUGGAAUAAUAAGAUCAUUCGAAAACAGAUAAUUUCUAACUCAGAGUUCACAUGAAUUCUUCAUAAGAAAACACAAAGGAAAAUUUUAAAAAUGAUGUUGACUUUGAGAGAACCAAACUGCACAGCUGGAGCACAAAUGUUCAAAGAUGCUUAGACUUCUACAUACAAGAACAUCAACCGAGUUUAAGGUGUUUGAUCUUUUCAAUGAAGAAAUAAAAAUAUAUACCUUUUAACUGAUGCCCUUCACAGAAUUUGGGGUGUACUUGUAAAGCUGGCUGCUUAUCCCUACGGACAAAGUUAAGCACAUUAUUGGAUUUCAACUCCCUUUUGUUUGUUCCCGUGGGCCAUCUAUCUCCAUUAAAAAGGUACCUACUUGGAAGAGACUGAUCGCUCCUCUGGGAAGGAUUUCUCCACCCCAGCCCCCUUCCGUCAGCUGUGUUUGACACCCAAUGGUAUAAAGUCUCCCACCCACCUUGAACCCUGAAUCCCUACUCGCGUGUCAGGAUGACGGAGGCGUGGCAACAGCAUGCUGUGGCCCCUCCCCCCGUGGUGCACACCAUCCCUCCCGGUGCAGAGAGUGCACUGGGGUGUGCAGUCUACGGGAUCGUCCUGCAAACAGACCCCGCCUUACAACAGCAGCAGCAGCAACAACAACAGCAGCAGCAGCAGCAGCAACAACAUGCUGCCCAGGCACAGCAGUCCGCCCUACAGGUUGGAGAAGGCGGGCAUAAGUGUGGAGCUUGUGGCCAUGACAUCUCUCAUCUGGCCAACCCUCAUGAGCACCAGUGUAUGGUGGGCCAGGACCGGUCCUUCCAGUGCACUCAGUGCCUCAAAAUCUUCCACCAGGCUACCGACCUUCUGGAACACCAGUGUGUCCAGGUAGAGCAGAAACCCUUUGUCUGUGGGGUCUGCAAGAUGGGCUUCUCUCUCCUCACCUCCCUGGCCCAGCACCACAAUGCUCACAGCAGCACUAACCCCAUGAAAUGCUCCAUCUGUGAGAAGACCUACAGGCCCAACUCAGCAGGGGCUGGUAACACCACCCCAACAUCUUCAGCUAGCAAUCCUCAGCAGCCCUCAGUCGAGGUCCCUGAUAGGUCAGGGGCAGUAGUAGGGGGUACUGCCAGCGCCGGAGGUGUAGUAGUGGGUGCCUCAGCCCCGACAGAAUUUGAGGCCUCCUCCCCUGACCGACCAUACAAGUGCUCAAUCUGCCAGAAGGGCUUCCGGCACCUGUCGGAGCUGUCACGGCACGAACGAGUGCAUACAGGAGAGAAGCCAUACAAGUGUGACGCCUGCGAUAAGAGUUUCAGCCAGUCUUCGCACCUGGCUCACCACCAGCGCACCCACAGUGCUGAGCGACCCUACAAGUGCGCGGCCUGCGAGAAGAGCUUCAAGCACCGCUCCCACCUGGUGCGUCACAUGUACGCCCAUUCCGGAGAGCACCUCUUCAAGUGCAACCUGUGUGAGAUGCACUUCAAGGAGUCCUCUGAGCUCCUGCACCACCAGUGCACCCCAGCAGGAGAGAGACCCUUUCGUUGCGCCACCUGCGGCAAGGGGUUCAAGCGCCCCUCAGACCUGCGGCAGCAUGAGCGCACCCACUCUGAAGAACGUCCCUUUCAGUGUGAAGAGUGCCAGAUGAGCUUCAAGCAACAGUACGCUCUGGUGCGCCACCGGCGCACCCACAAGACUCAUGACCGCCCUUUCAAGUGCAACCUAUGUGACAAGGGCUUCCUGCAGCCCUCUCAUUUGCUCUACCACCAGCAUGUGCAUGGCAUUGAGAGCCUCUUCAAGUGUGCGUCCUGCCAAAAAGGCUUUAGCCAGUCCGGGGACCUGCUGCGGCACAAAUGUGGCGGUGCAGCGUCAGCCAUGGCUGCUGUCGACAGGCCGUACAAAUGCGAUAUUUGCGGCAAGGCUUACAAGAAGUCCUCCACCCUUCAGCGGCACCAGAACUCGCACUGUGCCGAGAAGCCACUCAAGUGCACCCUCUGUGACCGACGGUUCCUGUCCUCCUCUGAGUUUGUGCAGCACCGCUGUGACCCGGCACGUGAAAAACCCCUCAAGUGUCCGGACUGCGAGAAGCGGUUCAAGUACUCGUCUGAUCUGCAGAGGCACCGACGUGUCCACACCGGGGAGAAACCAUUCAAGUGUCCCAGCUGUGACAAAGGGUUCAAGCAGCGGGAGCACCUGGCCAAGCACCAGAGUGUGCACGCGCGAGAGGCCCAGUUUAAGUGUGUCUGGUGCGGCGAGCGCUUUGGAGAUCUUGUGGCACUGCAAGAGCACAGUGUCCAGCACACUGCCGAGGGAGGCGGUUACCCUGUCCCACCCUGCAUACAGUAACUGGCAAGCGCAGACACACCACUAAAUCACACCCAGUCCUCCCCACUACCACCCCCACAGUCUGGGACACUGACUCUCAGAGAGACUGGUCACACUUUUUUGCAGCGUAUGUGUGUGUUUUUGGUCAGUAGGGGUACCUCCCUUCUUAAAGACUUAUUUUUUAUAUUGUUUUCCACCAGCUAGCUCAACUCUCCUUCCUUCUUGGCCCCAGACUUUGUUUUAACUGGGGAAGGGUAUUGUUUUACUGGGGAGAAUAAGGGGGAGGGGGGCAAGUCAGCCACUUAUCCCUACUUCUAUGAGACAGCUUUAUUUGGGUAGGGGGAUUCAUUUUAUUCAAAGGGAUAAUACAGCUUGAUGAACAAGAUUUGUGUGCCCACUCUCCUCCCCCGCAACCUUUUUUUAUUCAGGCUGACUAAAAAAAAAAAAAAAAAAAAAAAAAUCUAUAUUUAUUUAACUGCAAUGAGGGAUUGUCCGUUUUCUAAUGGGGAAACGGGCCUAGACAACCCUUUUUCUGGGGUCUAAUUUCAACUGUAAUGAAAAGUUUUUGUAUUUUUCUGAAAAUGACUACCCCCUUCAUCCCAAAGACUUUUCCUUGUGUCUCUGUUCCUGUAAAAAGGAUCAAGAAGAAAAUUGCGUGCUGUUCUGUCCGUAAGGAGGUUCUUGCCAAUCCCUUGACUCUCCAGGCAGCACAAGGAAGGGCUCUGUUCCAUAUCUCUCUUCUGUUGCUGAUGCUCUAAGAUUUUGAACCAGUUAAUUGGGAGGUUCUAUUGUGUUUGUAUACAAACUGUAGACAGCUGCUGGGCCAACAACAACAGAACCUAUUCAGCCACUUUGUUUUGUCAAUAGCUGCGUGAAGUUUAGUUUGCUAGCAGAGUUGAAAGACCCUACAAAUUCAAUACCGGGUAGUCUCAGGUUAUGACAAUAGCAUCACAGUACAGCAUGGAGUCUAUAAACGUUUCUGUAAAACAAAACCUGAUAAAUUAGGUUUAUUCCGUAGGCUGUUGGCAGCAAUGCCAUAAUGUCUUUAGUCCAAUAAUUCUAGACACAGACUUCUAGUUCUGUGUAGCAUGCAUCAAACUUGACAUGGGCAUCUGUCUUGUCCAGAAGGGAGAGGGGGGCAGUUUGUAAUGGCAUUCUCUGCUUUUAUCUACUUUUGGGACACAAAAUUUGACAAAGUUCUUAAAACUGCAAGUUUGUUACUUCUACUGGACCCUAUAUCCCGAAACCCGUACCAAGAGAAUUUGGUAGCACAUAGGAUUAGGAGCAGGUGCUGCAUUAUAUAAUGCCAGGCGUUUACCCCCUUGCAGUGUGUUUGUAUUUCUGUUGUCUUCUAUUUCUGGUGAACUUGUAGCCAGAAGGGUUCUUGCUUUCUGCAAAGAUGCAUUCCACAUGCCCUUGCCCUGGGGACAGGGUGCUAGACAAGAUCAGUGUGGGACUGAAGGCCAGCAAAUAAAGGCUUGCAGGAAGGAGAAACAGAGGUGGGGUUGUGUUCAUGAAACUCAGUAAGUGUGUUUCAUUGUAGCUUUUCUUCCAUUCUCCCUAAGAUGGUGAAAAUAUGGAAGUAUUUUAAGCUGCAUAUACAAAGUGUUGGAUUAGGCAAUGGUGCGCCUGUUCUCCCUUACUAUAGGAUAAAUAGUAUAAUAGGUACCAAAACCAGUCUCUCUUAGAUUCCAGAGAGACCCGAAAAAAAGUUAACUAGUUGUUUAAUGAGGAAGCUAUUCCACUAAAGGUCCAACAAACGCUCUCUCCCUGGUUAUGUGUAUAUAUAUAUGUAUAUAUAUAUAUGUAUAUAUAUAUGUAUAUGUAUAUAUGUAUAUGUAUUAGUUCAUAUACUAACAGAUCCUUACAUGUUUCCCUCAAAGCCCCUAACCUUUUGUAAGGUCCCCUUGUAUUAUGUACAUAUAUAUAUAUUAUGUAUGUUAAUAUGUUUGAGUUAUGUAGUAGGAAUUGCAUUAUGCGUGUUUAUAAGCUGCAUCUGCCAACUUGUUUGUAGUUACUUUUAUUUUGUCUGAAGUAUUAGUGUUUUGAAAUGUGUAACAGGAGGAAACUUUUAAAUGCUAUGUAAAGUUAAUAAAAGUAUCACUGUCAA